UACAUCGCCCCCUUUUUACGUUUUAUCCCUCCGUUCAGCAAAUUUGUGAAAAUUACAUCUGACGAAACAGAGUGUCUUAUGGCCUAUCUACGUGAUUUUGUAGAAGAACACGAAUGUAACUUUGAGGAUUCACACAUCCGGGACUUUAUUGAUGCUUUUCUGAAUGAAAUGAAGAAACGAGGAAAAGAUGAUGAUGCUUUCAACAAAUAUCAACUCAUUAGAUACGUUCGUGACCUUCUCCAUGCGGGAUCAGUUACAACCAGCGUUACGUUGAUUUGGGCUUUGCUCGCUCUGGUCUGCUACCCAAAAUGCCAAGAAAAAAUAGCAGACGAAGUAUUCGGAACCUUGGGUGAGGACGGUGUUCCCUCAAUGGAUCAUAGAGAUAAAAUGCCUUACACCUGUGCCUUUAUACAGGAACUAAUUAGACAUAAAAUUUUGGCGCCUUUAAGUAUAUUCCAUAUGAACAACGAAGAAGCGAGUAUCAAUGGCUACACUAUCCCGAUAAAUACAACGAUUGUUCCGAACAUCUGGGCAGUUCAUAACGACCCCAAAUACUUUGAAAAUCCGAGAGAGUUUCGUCCUGAGAGAUUUCUCGACCGCGACGGAAAAUUCUGCAAAUCAAAUCACGUGAUUCCGUUUUCGAUCGGCCUUCGACGUUGUAUGGGAGAACCACUUGCAAGAAUGGCGCUAUUUGUAUUUCUAACGGGAAUUAUACAAAAGUUGAAAGUGUUGCCAGAUCCUGUCAAGCCCCUUCCUUCAUUCGAUGGCGAUGUAAAAUUUAUUAUCACAUACGAGCCACCUCAGUUCGAUGUUGUUUUUGAACGACGAUAAAGUGUUUUUUGUUU